AUGCUUAAACUCUUGGAAUCGAAUGAGGCAAAGAGCGCUUUUCUCUAUGCCGGCGCAUCGUUGUGCACGCAUUUGAUCGCAAAAGUGGUCGUGAAUCGUCUCUUCUUCGAUUACCCGAUCGUGAUUCUCAUGCUACAACAUGCUGCCGCAUUAUUGUUAAUCGAAGUUGCAAGGGUGACUUCUUUGAUCAAAUUGACACCAUAUUCGUUGGAUCGAGGAAGGCAUUUGUUCCUUCCAUCAGUCUUGUUAUCAGUUUCCUCAUGGCUAUCUGUGGCCUCAUUGGAGGGAAUCGGGAUGCCCGUUUUCGACUCGGUUAAAAGAAUGACGGCGAUUUUCGUCCUCGUCGGCGGUGGUUUCGUGCUGAAGAGGAAUUGGAGUGAACAGAAAAACGCGCUCUCGAUUGUCGUCAUCUCGUUGGCCACCGCACUCACAGUGAACUUCGACUUGAACAUGGAUCGUUUCUCGUUAUUCUAUGGCCUCAUCGCAGCGAUCACACAAGCGAUCGCCUAUCUUCAGCUCGAGGUCUUGUCAGCGACUUUCCCUCCCAUUGAGCUCCUCUACAUGCACUCGUUCAACUCGCUCGUUGUUUUCCUUCUAGCCGACGUGAUUCAGGACGAGGUUCGCGAUGCUUUUAUGUACAUGAUGACAUCAGCCAACGGUCUCUUCACAUGUCUUCUUUUGAUCCUCCUCAUCUCCGGCCUUUUCCUCAACUUCACAAUGAUGCACUGUAUCUCGACGAAUGGCGCGUUGACCACAGCGAUCACGUCGAACAUCCGAGCGGCGAUUCAGAUCAUGAUCGCCUAUUACUCAUGGGUCCAUCUUUUCUACGAUGUCAUGCCGACUUUCAUUCAUUGGAUCGGUCUUUUCUUGGCACUUGGUUUCGCUGUGGUACUCUACCGGAAACCGCGAAACGGAUACUCGAACGAGAAAACCUAUACGAAUUUAGCU